GGUCGGGGGAGAGUGAUGGAGUGGGCGGACGGGGGUGAGAGAGGGUGUGGGCGGGCGGGCUGCUGGGGCGGGCGCGACAGUGUUGCGGCGAGGGCAGACGGUGGUCAGUGCGGUGGGGGCCCGGGCACAGUAAGGACUGGCUGGCUGCCGCGGGCACACGGGUCCCAAGGGUCUGACGGGUCUCCUGCUGCAGCGCCCGACGCCGCCCUGCCCCAGGGUCGCCGCACCAUGGGGUGGCUCCCAGCCCCCAUCCGGCGGCCUCCCCCGCUCCCCUCCACCCUCCCCCUCUUAGGUUUUCUCUUCCUCGCCGCCGUCGUCUUGCCCCAUGCGGCGGCGGAUCCCAAACCCAAGCCCCAGGGGGAGGACUACUACGAAGGCUAUGAUUACGAGGAAGGCUACGAAGACUAUGGCGAGUACCCGUACGAGGACGGGUACGAGUACGGCCCCGAGACUGCUACCCCCCCCUAUGACCCCUACGCCACCCCUGCCCCCCCUUUCCAGCCCCCUUAUGACCCUUAUGCCUACACAGAACCACCACCAACUACCACCACGCCCCCCCCAACCACCACCUCCACCACCACCACUACCACUACUACCACUACCACCACACCUCCCCCUCCCCCUCCCCCUCCCCCCACCACCCCGACCACCACCACGACCACUACCACCCGCAGGCCCCGCAGAGGUCCAGGAAGCGUCACCUUUGAGAGACGGGUGAACGCUGAGCGGCGGGGUGGCAGAAGAGGAGAAAAUCAAAGAGGACAGGCAACCACUCGCGAAGAGGAAGAGGAGCCUGCACCUCCAACAGAUAUCAUCGGUCCGACUGCCCCUGAGACUGACUCCGGCGUUUCUACCACGGGAACUGAGGGUCCUUCAGGCCCCCCCGGGGAACAGGGCCUCACAGGAGCUCCAGGCACCCCAGGCAUCCCCGGCGACCCAGGACCCCCCGGACCCUCCCCUGACCUCUCGCCAUGGCUCACGCAGCUGGCACAGUCCCAGGGCGGCGAGAAAGGUCCCGGCAUACAACCCGACCCCUUCAGCUACCUGCAGGCCCAAGUCGGCCCUGUCGGUCCCAGGGGAAGCCCAGGUCCCCCAGGUCCCCCAGGUCCACAAGGGUUCCAGGGUAUGCGUGGUGAGCCCGGUGACCCAGGCCCCAGUGGUACCCCUGGACCCCCAGGACCUCGAGGCAUGCCUGGAAUCCCCGGCAAGGACGGUGACAGUGGUGAUGACGGUGCCCCUGGGUCCCCCGGUGCUGUUGGUCCCCCGGGUCCUCGUGGUCUCCCAGGCAUGCCUGGCCUUCCAGGAGUAAAGGGACAUCGUGGCUUUCCUGGCCUGGAUGGCUCCAAGGGAGACCAGGGACAAAUGGGUGACAAGGGCGCAUCCGGGCCCGGUGGUGCUCCUGGCCCCAUCGGUCCCAUGGGUUCUGCUGGUCCUCGGGGUGAGCGCGGACGGGAGGGUCCUGCUGGUCCUCCCGGACUGAGGGGUAUCGACGGUAUCGCAGGUCCUCCAGGGCCGAGUGGUCCUCCUGGUAAGCCUGGCCCACCAGGCUUCCCCGGCAGCGCUGGAGCUAAGGGCGAUAUGGGCGUGCAAGGUCCUAAAGGAUCUCAGGGUCUUCAAGGUCCGCGAGGCGAGGCUGGCAAGCCUGGGUCUCCAGGUGAACGUGGUCCUCAAGGUAUCUCUGGUAAAGACGGUCUUCCCGGCGAGAAGGGCGCCCCGGGAUCCCAAGGCGACUCUGGCCCUCCUGGCUUCCCUGGAGCUCGUGGACCCCCUGGACUCCCUGGUAGUCCUGGCAUCCCCGGCAAUAAAGGAGAACGAGGCCUGGGAGGUGAACGAGGCUUCAAGGGAGAGUUUGGUAUGAAGGGAGAAUCCGGGACCCCAGGACCCAGAGGACUCCCUGGGCCACCAGGGUCCACAGGAAAACGAGGCAAGAGAGGUAUGCGAGGACCCCCAGGCGCAAAUGGCUUGCUAGGAGAGCGUGGACCCGCCGGCGGCCGAGGUCUCCCUGGCGCUGAUGGACCCCCGGGACCUAAAGGUCAGAGUGGAGAUCCAGGUCCUCCAGGUUCUUCCGGACAGAAGGGUCGUGAAGGUAACCCUGGACCACCCGGUCUUCCUGGACGACAGGGCCUGAGGGGUCCAACUGGCCUCUCUGGUCCUUCGGGCAAGACGGGGCGACCAGGAUCUAGGGGCCCCCCCGGUGCUGAUGGUAAACCAGGCGACCAAGGGCCACAGGGUAUCCAGGGACUCCCAGGUCCUAUGGGACCACCAGGACCCGUCGGACCAAUGGGUGAAGCUGGCAAAGACGGUAACCCCGGUGAGUCGGGUCCCACGGGGCCGCGAGGCGAUCCAGGAAAGGACGGUGAUCAGGGAUCGAUUGGCCCACCUGGCCCCACAGGCAGCCCAGGUGAGAGGGGCCCUCCCGGGUCCCCAGGUGCUAGAGGUUUCCAGGGUCUGCCAGGAGCGCCGGGUCUCGUGGGCGCCAGUGGCAAGGAUGGAGAGGCCGGUCUGCAGGGUCCUCGGGGUCUACCAGGCAGCGUAGGUCUUCGUGGUCAGCGAGGAUUCCCAGGAGAACGCGGAGCUCAGGGUCCGCCGGGAGAUCCCGGCAAACGUGGUGAACCAGGACUGACUGGAUCUGACGGUCCAGCAGGCCCUUCAGGACCCCCGGGACAAAAGGGUCAUUCCGGACCGUCUGGUCUCGUGGGUCUUCCAGGAGGACGUGGACCCCCUGGACUUCCUGGUGAGAAAGGUGAACGCGGCUCCCUUGGUCCUGUCGGUCCCGAAGGUCCUCCAGGACGUCAGGGUGACCAGGGUCCUCAAGGUAUAAUGGGACCGGUUGGGCCUCAGGGAGAACCAGCAGAAAAGGGAGAACCGGGCCCUCCGGGUCCUCCUGGGGAGCCUGGCGCUAACGGCAUGACGGGAGAUCGCGGAGCACAAGGAGAACAGGGUCUGCAGGGCUUCCCGGGUCCACUUGGACCACCAGGAACUUCAGGACCAAAAGGACAGCGAGGUCUUCCCGGGCAAAAGGGCACGCAGGGAAAUCCCGGCCUACAAGGUCCCCCAGGAGAGACUGGGGCUCAGGGUCUCGUGGGUCUGACUGGCAGCAAAGGACAGCGAGGCGAGGCUGGGAAGCGCGGCGAGGCGGGUUUGAUGGGUCCCCCUGGACGCCCCGGCAAUCCUGGCGUAUCUGGUACCCCCGGAGAACAAGGGCGAUCUGGCACCCCUGGCAACCCUGGCAUAAAAGGAAGCCCCGGUGACACUGGCCGUCCAGGCCUGCCAGGGCCAUCCGGCCAACCUGGCGCCCCUGGACCAGAGGGACCUAAGGGAGAGACUGGCCCAGGGGGCCGUCCGGGUCCUGUGGGUCAGCCUGGCCCUGUUGGAUCUGCAGGAGAGCGUGGUCUGCCUGGCCUGCCUGGUCCUCCUGGCCCUGUUGGCCGCGAAGGAAAGCGUGGAGCGCCUGGAGAACAAGGACCGGAGGGUAAGCGAGGUGACGAGGGUCCCAAUGGUCCGCCUGGUCUGUCUGGUCCUAUUGGUCCCAUCGGUCCCCCAGGUGAAACUGGUGCCCCCGGCUCUGACGGCAAGCCCGGACCUUCAGGCAUUGCUGGCCGCACCGGAGACAAGGGUCCUCCCGGGCGUCCUGGGCGCCAGGGCGGCCCCGGUCCAUCUGGUCUACCUGGCCCCCCUGGUCCCGCAGGACCGAUAGGAUCUACCGGAGAGCGAGGAGAAAGAGGAGAGAUCGGUCCUCAGGGCGUGGAAGGCUCCCCUGGUCCAAGAGGAAAGCCAGGAGCUCCCGGCACUCAGGGUGAAAAAGGAGAAACAGGCGCCUCCGGUCCUAAGGGAGCCAAGGGUCAUCGAGGUCUCAUUGGUCUGCAAGGUCUUCCCGGAGCACCAGGUCCCAAUGGUGACAAGGGUGUUCCAGGCAUGGAGGGUCCUCCUGGUCCCCCUGGUGAGCCUGGCCCCAAGGGUCCCCCUGGCCGUGACGGAGGCAUUGGUCUUCAAGGCAUUAUGGGUCCUCCAGGACCUCGUGGUCCUUCCGGUGAAAGUGGAAGCUCUGGUCUUCCUGGCUCGCCUGGGCCUGUGGGUCCUCCUGGUCCUCCUGGAGAAUCCCUGGGCUAUGGUGUUGAAGUGUUGGCAGCCCUUUUGGGUCAGGGUCAGUCCAAGGGCCCUGACCCACUCCAAGGCGACGACUCGGAGCUGCCCGCGCGACUGUUUGGGCAGGAGAUCACGGACGAGGAGCGGCGGAACCUCAUCACCAAGGCGUAUGAACAGCUCAAGACAUCCUACAAGAAGUUCCUCAGACCAGAAGGUACCAAGACCUCUCCGGCCAAGACCUGCCGCGACCUGUCCUACACCCAUCCAGACCUCCCCAGUGGCGAGUACUGGGUCGACCCCAACGAGGGUGACGUCAAGGAUGCUAUCGUGGUGCACUGCGACAUGGAACACAAGGCAACAUGUGUCCUGCCGCAGCCCAGCAUGACGGAGGAAUUCAACUGGGUGGGAAGGUCAAACGGUAUGGUGUGGCUUGGUGAUGACAUCAAGCCUGACUUUGAGUUCACCUACAAGGCGGACAGCAAUCAACUCCGCUUCCUGCAGUUGUUGUCCUCUGAGGCGUGGCAACAACUCACCUACCACUGCAAGAACUCUGUAGCUGUGUUUGAUGCCACCAGAAGAAACUUACGCAAAGCAAUGCAGAUCAUGACGGCGGCGGACAUGGAGCUGAAGGCGAGAGGCAACAGGAAGUUCAGGUAUCGCGUCGUGGAGGACGGCUGCAAGACCAAGUCGAUCAGCUGGUCCAACACGAAGAUCGAGUACCGCACCAAAAAGCCCCAGCAGUUGCCGUUCGUCGACGUGGGUCUCCGUGACGUCGGGCAAGCCGACCAGGCCUUCAAGAUCGAGCUGGGCCACGUCUGUUUCUCGUAGGGGAUGCCGAUGAGAGAUAGAGGUCAGCGAGGGGUGGCGAUGGACAGGAGGGUUCGGGGGAUGCGUGUGUGAGUGUUCAGUGGUGGACAGUGUCGGCGAGGGAUGAAUAUUACUGACUGUCGAUCUCCGUUUCCCUGUCGGCGGCUCUGUCCCUCCCAGACCCUCCCCCCCCCUGCCAGCCCGCCGCCCCCUCCCGCUCUCAUUUGUUGAUUUUAUAUCAUUAUCAUUAAGUUAAACGCUCGCCGCUCUCGCACUCAAUCUUUCCUGUUGUUUUCCGAUGUUCCUACUUUCCUUCCUUUCCUUUACACGUAGGUUAAUACAAGGACACUUGCUGAUGAUGUAAAGCGCCGUGAAAAUACAAAGUACAGUGUAAAAGUUGUUCGAGAACAUAAGAACAUAAGAACAUAGGGAGACUGCAAGAGGCCUAAUGGCCUACACAUGGCAGCUCCAGCGAUGUAUGAAAGAAAAAGAAGAUACGAAGACGUAAGUGUUGUAUAGAGACAAUAACUCUAACUGUGUACAUUUUGUAUAUUGUCAGAUGAGUGUUUUAGCCGCCCCAGUCUCAAAGUCGGGAGAGAAAAAAAAUAUUUUCUACUUGGAAACUUUUUUUUUGGUUUUUGUAAAUUUUUAAAAAUAAAUAGCGAAGGGGAA